AAGCCAUCUGGAAAGAAACAAUUAAAACGAGCGGUUCGCCACACCCGACCCACUCGCGUUACUUACCACCGGAAUUAGAUCCAAAACAUGGCGGUGUAUGAGCUCAUCGCGGCCGCCGACGACGGCAGCACCGCCGCCGCAGAUCCGAACCACGAAGCCCUCUCCGUCGUCGACGAUAGCAACGAGGGCGAGCAUCGGCCUGCGCACAGAGACCUCGAAAGGGGCGCCGGUAAAAGCAUCGCGCCGCUGGACAAGGCAGAGUUCGCCCCCCUGAAGCGCGCUCCGCGCCUCGCCUCGCUCGAUGUUUUCCGAGGCCUCACCGUCGCGCUCAUGAUCUUUGUAGACAAUGCUGGAUCAUAUUUCCCUGCUAUCAACCACUCUCCUUGGGAUGGUGUAGCCCUUGCUGAUUUUGUGAUGCCAUUUUUCUUAUUUAUUGUUGGCGUGGCUCUUGCAGUUACCUGUAAGAGAGUCACAAAUAAAGCCAUGGCAACUCAAAAAGUGAUACUUCGAGCAACGAAGCUCUUUGUAGUAGGUCUUGUAGUUCAAGGUGGCUAUUUCCAUGGUCUUUAUGAUUUAACAUAUGGAGUCGAUAUUUUGAGAAUACGAUGGAUGGGUGUCCUACAGAGAAUUGCAAUAGCCUAUCUGUUGGCUGCGAUAUGUGAAAUCUGGCUUAAAGGAGAUCAGGAUGUUCAUUCUGGAUAUUCCUUGAUCCAACAACACCAAUUGCAGCUGUUGGUGGGUCUUGCACUUACAACAAUUUACAUAGUUCUUCUGUAUGGUUUAUAUGUUCCUGAUUGGGAGUAUCACAUACCAGUGGCAGGCUUCACACUGAGGACCUUCUCAGUUAAAUGUGCUGUGAGAGGUGAUACAGGGCCUGCUUGUAAUGCUGCUGGCAUGAUUGACCGCAGAGUCUUUGGCAUCCAACAUCUACACAGACAUCCUGUGUAUGGAAGAAUAGAGCAAUGCAGUGUUAACUCACCAGGUACUGGCCCACUUCCACCUGAUGCUCCUUCAUGGUGCCAAGCUCCUUUUGAUCCCGAAGGACUUCUUAGUUCUAUGAUGGCAAUUGUUACCUGCUUGAUUGGAUUGCAAUUUGGGCACGUCAUCAUACACUUUAAGGAUCACAAGGAGAGGAUUGUGCAGUGGAUGAUUGCUUCCUUUUGUCUAUUAGCAUUAGCUUUUUCAUUAGACUUCUACGGCAUGCAUAUGAACAAGGCUUUAUACACACCAAGUUAUACCUGCAUCACUGCUGGGACUGCUGGGGUCAUGUUCACUGGGGUUUAUGUGCUGGUUGACAUCUAUGGCUACAGGAAGCCAACCUUGGUCAUGGAAUGGCUAGGGACGCAUGCAUUGAUGGUCUACAUUCUAUUAGGUUGCAACAUCUUCCCUUUAUUUGCCCAAGGAUUCUACUUGAGGGAGCCUGAGAACAAUAUAUUGAAGGUCAUUGGCAUUUCCUAAACAUCAUUUAUCUCUUUCACCGCAUCAUCCUUACCUGGAAAGAAUUGAAGCUCUGUCUCUAUUCAAUCAAUGGUAAGAGAUGUCAAAGGAUCUAAUGAAUGAGGAAGAGGAGAAUGCUUGAAAUUAUUCAUGAGAAUAUGCCAGAUGUGGUUCCUAAGUAUUUUAUAGGGUGCAUAUUAUCUAACCAGGAUCACUAAAUGGCAAUUCCAGGUCUUUCAAUUGAAUGUUGUAAAUUUGAAGUGAUUUAUUUAGAGUGAUAUAUUGAAGAAUGCUCUUCUAGCAAAAUGGUACUAAUGUCUGGUAUGAGAAAAAAAAACAGGGAAAUUCACUGACUCUGGUGACAUUCUGAGUUUGGUUUCUUUGAAAUUGAGAAGAGUGGAU